CGCUCAGUGCCCGCCGCGAUGGAGGAGGUGGCGGAGCGCGGCCGGGCCGGCGCUGGGGCGGCGGCGGCGAUGGCGGAGGGAGGCAGCGCCGCCGGAGAGGAGGCGGCCGACGCCAACGCCGCGUCCUCGCCAUCGCCGCGCUCCCCUCCGGAGGGCGGCGGGACGAAGCCACUGAGCGCGGCGGAGUACGCGCGGCGCGUACACCAGUGGCUGUGGGACUCGUACUGCGGGUACCUGGGCUGGCAGGGCUGCCCGCCCGCCUUCCUCGCCGCCGCCGCCGCGCAGCCGCCCCCGCCCGCCGCCGCUGCCUACUACAGCCCCUUCUACCUCUUCGCUCCGCCGUCGGCACACGCGGCCUCCGCCGGGACGGGGCCCCGCGCCCCCGGCGCCAGGGCGGCCUCCGGCAGCGCCGGCAGCGGCAGCGGCGCCUCCCGGGACUCGGGGCGGCCGGCGGGUCGGGAGUUCCUUAUCCCUUCACUGGCACACAGGUUCAUAGCAGAGAUGGUGGAUUUUUUUAUUCUGUUCUUUAUAAAGGCAACCAUCAUUUUAAGUAUUAUGCACCUCAGUGGAAUAAAGGACAUCUCUAAAUUUGCCAUGCAUUACAUCAUAGAAGAAAUAGAUGAAGAUACGUCCAUGGAAGAUUUGCAGAAAAUGAUGAUAGUAGCUCUCAUCUACAGGUUAUUAGUCUGCUUUUAUGAGAUAAUCUGUAUUUGGGGAGCAGGUGGAGCAACCCCAGGAAAAUUCUUGCUUGGACUGCGAGUUGUGACGUGUGAAACUUCCGUACUUAUUGCACCCAGCCGUGUGUUAGUCAUUCCAUCUUCCAAUGUCAGCAUGACAACGUCCACAGUACGAGCUUUGAUCAAGAAUUUUUCUAUUGCAUCAUUUUUUCCUGCGUUCAUUACACUGCUGUUUUUCCAGCAUAACAGAACCGCCUAUGAUAUUGUAGCAGGAACUAUUGUGGUCAGAAGGAAUGGAGUCAGAUGAUACCAAAAACUGAGAUUUACGGACUGGUUCUGAACAUCCCCUCCAAGCCCCAGUGAAUAAAGACCUAUCCCAGGACUGAAAUUGAGGUGUCUGUUGGAAUCUUUAGCCCUAAUUUAAAUAGGAACUGAUUCAGAAGCUAAACAAAAUGUAUGGUUCCUGUAUGAUGCCAGCAACUACCUUCAAAGUAUUGGAGUUUUCAUAGACGCCAAAGAAGUUUGGGAGAGAAAAUACAAAUUAAAUCCAGGAGUAUUAACCUCUGACUGAUGAGACAAAACCUUUAAUUGCAAAAAGGAGCUGUGGAAAGCAGAUCCGCAAGAAUAUGCCACCUUAAAAGAAACAUUGCUCCUACAGUUUUGGAUGUUGGCUGAUAACUAGAAAAUGAAGUUCUUUUCCAGGCAGUUGCCUGUCAAAGGAUAAGGGGGAAGAAACCUGCAGUAUUAGACAGCAAGGCAAAUGAUGUUAAUUAAAUUGCCAUGUAUUUAGAGAGAUCAGCAGUGUUUAUCAGUGUCUUUUAUUAUUGCUUCACAGAUCAUAUUUCCUCACCUUUAAGUAUUUUCUCACAACAUUGACGUGAAAAGUUUUUUUGCAUGAUUGUCUCAAGCACUGUCACUUACUUCACUCGUCCAAGCUAAUGAAGAAGUGAAACAAUAGCUGCUUUUUCCUCUGGGAAGGGUAUGUUACACUGCAGUGUUAGUGAUCUGGUGUGUGUAAAUAAUUCCGGAGCCAGCAACAGUACAGACCAUGCUAAUGAAAGGUAAUUUUUUUGCUUCUGUUUGGAGUGAAAGCACUUGUCUAUUUCUUGCAUAUAAUGCAGAGCAGAAGUGAAUGUGUUUCAGGAGCAUGCAGAAAACAUUAACUGAAAUGUGUUAUGGGUGUAAAUCUGCAGAAGUACAAAUACUGGUUAUUUUCACUUUAUCAUUCUGGCUAAUUGUUUGUAUAUUCAGAAUAACUUAAAUACUGAAUAAAGAAACCUAAUAUUUUGCAUGACUA